UCACGGUCCAACUCUACAUUCUUCCUUCUCCUUCUGUCUCUCUGACUUUCCGAUUACACGCUUGUUUUUCCCAGCGAACUUAGCAAAUCAUGGACUCCAAGCACACGCCUGCACUUAAGUUCCUCUGUAGUUACGGCGGCAAGAUUCUUCCCCGUUCCAUCGACGGCAGUCUCCGUUAUGUCGGCGGCCACACCAGAGUCCUCUCCGUUGAUCCUUCAAUUGCCUUUUCAGACCUCAUGGGAAAGCUUGUUGAGUUCUGUGGUUCGUCUGUGAACUUGAAGUGUUCGUUACCCAGCGGAGACCUCGAGACGUUGAUUUCAGUAACUAAUGAUGAUGAUUUGGUCAUUAUUAUCGACGAAUAUAAUCAAGCAUCGUCGUCUAUGGCUCACCCGUUGAAGAUCAGAGCCAUUCUUACGCCCCCAAGGUCUCUCAAAAAAGUUUCUUCUUCUCCUCCGUCUUCGCGGUCGAGCGCCGACCUCUCUUCAACUGAAUCGACUCGCUCCUCCACUGAAUCGUUGCCGUAUUUUCCUGCCUAUCGGGUCGUCCGUCCGGUAGCGUAUCCGGUGGGAGUCCGUAACGGUUGGGGAAAAGCGUGCUGCUAUCCCGAUUGUUACGACAGAAGCUCUCGAUUCCUGAACCGUAGACCUAGCUGCCCCAAUUUCUGCCACUGAGUUGAUUCCCAGCAAAUUAGGGUGGUAUAGGAAUAGGACUAGUUCGAACUCGGACCACAGAUAGAACAUACCAGACGAUGAUGAAACUUUGAGGUGGAGUUAAAAAAUAUACGGAUAUUAAAGAAUAUGCGAGUAUAGUACAGUUGAUUUAAUACGAUGAUCUACUUCAUAAAUUCUCAAUCGAAGCUGAAUUAGACGGCAGUUACUAAUUAAGAUUCCGAAGGAGGGGUAUUUGAUUCCGAAGACGUCGGAGAUAUUGCCGUCUUCCGGGUUCUAGAACGUUUAUUUUCUAUGUGAAUUUGACUAGGCUUAAUGCAGAUUGAGUUUCUCCUCAAUUUGUUGGUCAAAAUAUUCUCCGUUGAUUUGUAUCAACGGCACCAAUCUUUUUCGUGAAUUUCCUACUUGCAGUUCAGAAGGCGAUUGGGAUUGUGACUUUAGUAUUUGAUUCUUCUUUAAA